AUGCCUCUAAAUUCAUCUCAAUCGUCAUCUACUUCGCCUAAUCUGAAGCGGAAACAGCCCACCAUCGCCAGCUUUUUCACGAGGAAGCCACAAUCUGUGCAGUCGAGCCAACAGGACGUUAUUGGCAGCGAGCGAGGCAUAGAAAAUGGAGUGGAUAAAGUCAGCACACAGGAGAAGAAGAAUGGGAAUGAGGGCCACAUGAUAGAUGAUGGUGAUGACGAAGAUAUCGUGGCACCUGUGCCCAAGCGGACCAAAAGAAACGGUAUCCAUUCACAAAGCGAUACAAAAAUUGUGGACCGUGAAAAGCUUCAGAAAGAGCAAGCUCCAUUGUUAAACAGUAGCCAACGAACAGAGCUCUUUCGAUUCAAUAGCUCGCCCGCUGCCCAUGCGGAGAGGGGUGAUGCACAGAUAAAUGAGGAAGAAGCGAAAGAACGACGGAAGGAAAGAGAAAGGCUACGCAAAAUGUUUGUUCGGAAGUUAGGUGGACCGGACUGCGCCAUUGGAAUCGGCCGACGUGCUAUUAGUGAGAGUACACCCGCAGCAGAAGAGGCUGCAGAAGGCGAUGAAGAGGAAGAAACCACCACAGUCCCUCCGGCCAAGGGGAGGGCUGUGGCAAAGAAAGGCGGAAGCAAACUAACCCCGAUGGAGAAACAAGUCAUUGAGAUCAAGCGCAAACACAUGGAUACGAUUUUGGUAGUUGAAGUUGGCUACAAGUUCCGGUUUUUCGGAGAGGAUGCGAGGGUGGCUGCAAAGGAGUUGAAUAUUAUCUGUAUCCCUGGGAAAUUUCGUUUUGACGAACAUCCUUCAGAAGCACAUCUCGACCGAUUUGCGUCCGCCAGCAUCCCGGUGCAUAGACUGCAUGUUCAUGUGAAACGACUGGUCUCUGCUGGACACAAGGUUGGAGUAGUUCGGCAGAUAGAGACCGCCGCUCUCAAGGCUGCUGGCGAUAACCGUAACGCCCCUUUCGGUCGCAAGCUCACCAAUCUAUAUACGAAGGCGACUUACAUUGACGAUGUGGAUCGAUUGGAAGGGCCUACACAUGCGAGUUCGACUGGAGCUUCAUUGGCAACUGGAUAUAUGCUUUGUAUCACAGAGACAAAUGCCAGAGGAUGGGGAAACGAUGAGAAGAUGCAUGUGGGAAUCGUGGCCGUACAACCAGCUACGGGAGAUAUAAUCUAUGAUGAUUUUGAGGAUGGCUUCAUGAGAAGUGAGAUUGAGACACGGCUACUUCAUAUCGCUCCCUGUGAGCUUCUUAUCCUUGGGGAGUUAUCAAAGGCAACAGAGAAAAUUGUCCAACAUCUUUCUGGCAGCAAAACAAAUGUCUUUGGUGAUAGCAUUCGUGUUGAGCGAGCGACAAAAUCGAAAACUGCGGCCGCUGAAUGCCAUAGCCAUGUCUCCAGUUUUUACGCCGAGAAGAUGAAGGCACUUAAUGCUGCAGAUGACGGGCUGUCGAGCGCUCUACUCCAGAAGGUGCUCAACCUACCUGAGCAGGUAACGAUAUGCCUUUCAGCGAUGAUCGAACAUUUGACAGAAUAUGGUUUGGAGCAUGUUUUCCAGCUCACAAAGUAUUUCCAACACUUUUCCUCCCGAUCACACAUGCUUCUCAAUGGGAACACUUUAGUGAGUCUCGAGAUCUAUCAAAACCAAACAGACCAAUCCGCCAAAGGUAGUCUUUUUUGGACAUUGGAUCGAACGCAAACUCGGUUUGGGCAGAGACUGCUCCGAAAAUGGGUGGGGCGCCCUCUGCUAAACAAGCAAAGCCUGGAAGAAAGAAUCAACGCCGUUGAAGAGCUGAAGAGCCUCGAAAAGACUUCUCUGGUCGAGCGGAUUAAAGGGUUGCUUGGCAAAGUGAAGAGUGAUCUGGAGAAGGGCUUGAUAAGAAUAUACUAUGGGAAGUGCACACGCCCAGAGCUUGUUACUGUCUUACAGACUUUGCAAAUGAUUGCCCAGGAGUUUGCAGAGUUUAAAUCCCCAGCGGAUACUGGAUUUCUGUCCUCUGUUGUUAGUGAUGCUAUUGUGUCCCUCCCUACAAUCCUGAAAGAGGUCUUGUUCUUUCUGGACAAGAUUAAUAUGCAUGCCGCUAAAAGUGACGACAAAUAUGCGUUCUUUCGAGAGUCGGAAGAGACAGAAGAGAUAAGUGAGCAUAAACUUGGGAUCGGCAGCGUUGAGCAUGAGUUGCAGGAACAUCUCUCUGUCGCUAGCGAAACCCUCAAGAGGAAAGAAGUGCGGUAUACCACUGUUGCGGGCAUUGAAUAUUUGAUCGAAGUUGAGAAUAGCUCGGCCAAUAUUAAAAGGGUGCCUGCAUCAUGGAUGAAGAUAAGCGGCACUAAGAAAGUCUCAAGAUUUCACACGCCUGAAGUUAUUCAGCUGCUACGACAGAGAGACCAACACAAAGAAGCGUUGGCAGCGGCUUGUGAUAAGGCAUACAUAGGUCUCUUAGCUGAUAUAUCAGCCAAUUAUCAGUCUUUCCGGGAUUGUGUGCAAUCCCUUGCGAUUCUUGACUGUUUAAUCUCGCUUUCCAUUAUCGCCAACCAGCCUGGAUAUGUGAAGCCUGAAUAUACUGAUAAUACACGUAUCCAUGUGAGUCAAGGGCGUCAUCCAAUGGUCGAGCAACUUCUGCUGGAUAGCUAUGUUCCCAAUGAUAUCAAUUUAGACAGCGACAAAACCCGUGCUCUCCUUGUCACGGGUCCCAACAUGGGUGGUAAAUCCAGCUAUGUACGACAAAUAGCCCUCAUUUCCAUUAUGGGCCAGAUUGGCUCUUACGUUCCUGCCCAGUCAGCUCAGCUUGGUAUGCUCGAUGCGGUGUUCACCCGUAUGGGCGCUUUUGAUAAUAUGUUGGCUGGCGAAUCUACUUUCAUGGUCGAACUUUCCGAGACGGCAGACAUCCUCAAGCAAGCAACACCUCGUUCACUGGUCAUUUUGGACGAACUGGGCCGAGGCACAUCUACUCAUGAUGGCGUCGCAAUCGCACAGGCGGUUCUUGAUUAUGUUGUCAGGUCAUUACGAAGUCUCACCCUCUUCAUAACGCAUUAUCAGCAUCUUGCCUCAGUGGUACAUUCUUUCCGCGACGAUGAGCUUCGAAAUGUGCACAUGCGGUUUACGGAAUCAGGAUCCGGCAAGAAUGAAGAGAUCACCUUCCUCUACGAGGUUGGAGAGGGUGUGGCUCAUCGCAGUUAUGGACUCAAUGUAGCGCGUUUGGCAAAUUUGCCAGUGCCCCUGCUUGAGGUUGCUAAAGAAAAAAGCGCUGAAUUAGAAGACAAAAUCCAGCGCCGGAGAGUUACUGGAAUUGUCACUGCAAUUGGCAAUAUUAUGGGAAAUUCACCCAAAGGAGGUGAAGAUGAAGCGCUGAUUGAACGGUUAAUCAGCAGCGCAGAGCAAUUGUAA